GGCGAGGAGGGAGCGGCAGCCCGGCGGGCUGAGGGGAUGGGAGUCACCCUGAGCCGGGCAGAGGAUGGGAAAAGGAUCCUUUGUAGCUGACAUUAAAUCAAAGGCCAAAAAAAAAAUAGAUCUCAAACUCCUCCCUGAAUGAUUUGUCUUCAGCUAUGAGCAGAACAUUUUGUAUAGCACAGAAUGGUUGCCUGGGGAAAACAGCACUGCUGCGUUGGCAGAAUACAGGGCAUUUUCUUGAGAUUCAGGAUUUUUCAAGCAGUCCUUUUACUUCAGUUGUUCCUGGCUACAGCGGGCAAAGAUCAGGAGGAUUUCCUGGGGCGAUAUAAAGCUGUCUUUAAGACUGCAUGUGAAGAUCCUUGGAUUAUGUCAUCAAGAAUUUCUCUGCAUCCCUUGAAAGAAUUCCUUGUCUGUGUGGACCUCAAACUGUAUUCAUCACAAAAUCCAUGGAUAGCAUAUGUAUACACUCAAGAAGCACCUCACACCAAUGUCUCUACAAAUAAGUAUGAUCUUGGACUUGCGGGAGAUCGUGGCAAACUGAGCAUAUGGUUAUUUGGAAAUCAAAUAAAUAAAACAGCAAGACUUCAUGAAAACACUUGGAACCAAAUAUGUAUCCAGUGGAAAAGUGACAAUGAGGAGAUGAAGGUAUUCAUAAAUGGAAAAAAAAAAUUUUACAAAAAACUAAGGGGGAAAGUUAAUUUGCCCGGAAAAGGCCAGUUCUUACUUGGCUGUUCAAAGCUGCGAGGUGCAGCUGCAUCACCUCACCAGGGUAUGAGUGGGGAACUGUACAUGUUCAGAAUGUGGGACAAGGCAAAUAUAACCCAAUCUGAGGACUGCCAGGAUAGUGGUGUUAUAGGCUGGAGAAAGGAGGAUUGGACCUAUACCACGGCAGUAGAAGAGGAUAACUCUUUGCCAUGUGUUGAAACUACUGCUACGUUGCCUGGCAGAAAACAGAUAACAGAUUCAGAAGAAUCAGCUGCAACAACCAUUUCUGAUAUGUCUUCAGAGGAGACUACACAAAGUGCAGAAGCUCUUAGAAUCACUGAUUAUUACUCCACCAUAACACCAGCAGGUGAAACCAUUGUAUGCAACAUAACACAUGUCUGUAAUUAUUCAGUGUUCUAUGUGGGCAAGGUAAAACUUAAGGCAAGUGAAGAAAGUAAUACAUCACUAAGUGUAGAAAUUAUUAAUAACAUCACCACCACCAGUCAAGUUAGAAAAUUAAUUGCAAUUCCAGCAUCUGCCCCACAAGAAUUGAGCAUUUCAGAGUUCAACAAAACCUUGCAAGCAGUAAGUGAGUCCUCUGUUAUGGAAUGCAGUGCAGAAAACCAGAGUUUACACUGCAAAUUCAUCAUGAAGCUGGCUGAGAGAGAGAACAUAAGCAGUUUAACAAACAAAGCAAAAAUAAGCCAACUUGAUCGGUGCUGCUGUUCAUCACCGAAGUAUUGUUCCUUGGCUGCUGAAGAAUUACAAAUGUAUACUAUACAAGUGCCACCUCAUUCCAUAUGGGUUCCUUUCCCUCAUUCUCCUUCUCUCUCUAAAAAGAUGUCCCCCAAAUCUAAUACUGUUUUUUCUCCCACUAUGCUUUCUGCUAAACAAAGCCCCACAAUUAGACCACUGAUCACACCAUUCACAGAAACUCCUUUUUCUGGAACUCUCUCCACAUCUCCCACUACAAACCCUCUUACUGAAAAUUCUGUGUCUUCCACCAGGGUUACCACUACACAUUCCUUUUCUGAGUCUCUUGCUCAAUCUACCAUGCCAACUUUUUCUUCUGUAGCUUCUGAUAAAUCUGCCGUUAGUUCCACACCUGCAACAAAAUCUGUCACUAAUGCUGCUCUCUCAGUUAAACCUGAUGCUGCACACCUUAGCAAGCCUUUUACAAUACUUUCUCCUUCUGUAGGUUUCACUAAACAUUCUGCACUUUCCUCUUCUGAGCUCCCCCACAAACUUCCAAUUGUAAAUCGCCACCUUGAGACUAUCACCAAAUCUGUUGCACAGAUUCCUCCUGCUACAACCCAACUUGUAUCUGGUAACAAAAAUGUUAGUACAGUACCCAUUCUUCCCCUUACUCCUUUCACAAUAUCUUUGACCCCUACUGUUAGUCCUGUCAACCAUUCUGUCUCAGCUUCUCGUCCUCAUUCUACCGUUGAUGGCCAUGGGAGCACAGGAAAAACACCUACCACAAAUACAACUUCUGUGUACACCACCAUUAGUAUCACCACAGCUGAGCAAAUUGUGUCCAAAAUAGAAAAUGAUUUAGCAGCUGGAAAAGUAGAGCCAAAAGAUGUAGAAAGGAUGGUUAAUGAGGUUAGCAGUGUCCUGACUGCUUCUCAGCCGUUACCACCCCGAAUUUCUAAAAGAAUUAUAAAACUGGUGGAUUAUAUUGGCUUAAAACUGAAGCUUUCAACAUCAUCUGCUGAAUUUGUCUCCCCUUCCUUGGCUCUGGCAGUUGUAAAAACCAACAACAUGCGCUCCAACGAAAUGUCUUUUGCUGUCCAGGACUCAGCUGAUCUCCAGAUCUCUCUAGGAGUUCAGGCCAUUAGUGAUUUAAAUAAUCUCGGAUCAAUUACACUUCCUUCAUCACUGCUGACAAAUUUACCCACUGAAGAACUGGACUUGGCUUCUAGAAUUAUAUUCAACUUCUUUAAAAAGACCACUGUGUUCCAGGAUCUGUCCUUGAAGAAUGCAUCUUUAAUCAGCAAUGUCAUAUCAUCAAGUGUUGCCAAUCUCACAGUUCGCAAUUUAAAGGCAAAUGUUACCGUCACUUUACAGAAUAUCAAACCUAAUCAGGAUAAUUCAACAGUUAGAUGUGUUUUUUGGGACUUUAAUAAAAAUGGUGGACAUGGAGGCUGGUCACAUGAAGGUUGUAUAGUUAAAGAAAGUAGAGUAAACGAAACAGUCUGUUCAUGCAACCACCUUACAAGUUUUGCUGUUUUGAUGAACUUGUAUGGAAAUUCUCCUUUGAAUCCCACACAAGAAUUGGUACUGACUUUUAUAUCCUACAUAGGCUGUGGCCUCUCGGCAAUUUUUCUUUCUGUUACUCUUGUGACCUACAUAGCUUUUGAGAAAAUCCGGAGAGACUACCCCUCCAAAAUACUUAUACAGCUGUGUGCUGCAUUACUUCUGCUCAACUUAGUUUUCCUUCUUGACUCAUGGAUUGCACUGUAUGAUACACGAGGCCUAUGCAUUGCAGUUGCAGUAUUUCUUCACUAUUUCCUCCUGGUUUCCUUCACCUGGAUGGGCCUGGAAGCUUUCCACAUGUACCUGGCCCUUGUGAAGGUCUUUAAUACUUAUGUACGGAAAUACAUUCUUAAAUUCUGCGUUAUUGGCUGGGGGUUACCAGCAUUAGUUGUGUCCAUUGUGUUGGCAAUAUCACCGGAUAAUUAUGGACUUAUAACCACUGGAAAGGUUUCAAUAAAUGGACCUGAUGAAUUCUGCUGGAUUAAAAAUAGAAUUGUCUUCUAUAUUACUGCUGUGGGAUAUUUUUGCCUGAUAUUCCUGAUCAAUAUCAGCAUGUUCAUUGUUGUGCUGAUCCAACUCUGUCGUAUCAAAAAGAAAAAACAACUCGGUGCUCAAAGGAAAACAAGUAUUCAAGACCUCAGGAGUGUUGCUGGCCUUACAUUCUUGUUGGGAAUUACUUGGGGGUUUGCCUUCUUCACAGUAAAUGAGGUAUUUACUUACCUCUUUACCAUUUUCAACACUUUGCAAGGGUUCUUCAUUUUCAUCUUCUAUUGUGUAACAAAGGAGAAUGUACGUAAACAGUGGAGAAGAUACCUCUGUUGUGGGAAAUUCAGGCUCGCUGAAAACUCUGACUGGAGUAGAACUGCUACUAAUGGUUUAAAGAAGCAGACCGUAAAUCAAGGAGUAUCCAGUUCUUCCAAUUCCUUACAAUCAAACAGUAACUCCACUAACUCUACAACACUGCUAAUGAAUAACGAUUAUUCAGUGCAUGCGAAUGGAAAUGGCCACCUUUCCAGUGAGAAGAAUGGCGUUCCUUUCAGUGUACAGAAUGGUGAUGUGUGUCUCCAUGACUUCUCAGGCAAACAACUUGUGUUUCAAGACAAGGAUGAUACUGGCAGCCAAGAAAGCCACAUCUCACUCAGAAGGACUUCAAAGAGAGGAAGCCUAAAUUCAAUGGAAAAAAUGUGAUUUCCUUUUAAACAACACAUUGUUUUACAGUGUGAAGUAGAGUUUUACUUAAACAGUUUUACAUAAUGUGAGCAGACCAAGAACUGAUUUUAUUUAAUAUAUGGUUCUGGAACUUCAAGGCAGCCAUGCAAUGGAUUGACAAGGACAAUUAAAGGGGAAAAAAAAGGAAGCUACUAUUUUUACAAGGUCUUGAAUGUCAGAUUACAGCUGGCACAUUUCCGUUUUGAUUCUCCAUCAGAAUGGGGGUUUUGAGGGUUUUUUUUACAUCUAAACAAAAGUUUUGUUUAGACUUUUUUCAUUACAAUUAAGUUUAUCUGGAUAUAAUGCUUAGUA